CUUCUAUGUGCAUAUUCUUAGUUGAGCAGGUUGCAAAGCAGCAAGUUGAUCUCUAACUUGCUCCCACUAAUAGCUGGAAUACUACAGACAGAUUGUAAACACACAACCUUCACAGCAGGGGUGUGCUAUUGCUGCUUUUACUCUGCCAUAGGAGUUGGCACAAGAUAAACAGUUUCUUCUGCAGGUUUCAACUGCGAUCAAGAUGGGCAAUGAGCAUUCUAAAAACAAGGCUGAGCAGGCUCCAGAAAAGCCCCUGCAUGGAGGGUUGAAUGGCCAUGCUGUAAGCAUCUCAUCCAAUGGCCUGGAGAAUGGUGUGUCUAUGGUUAUCAGUGAAGCAGCUGUGGAGCAGAACAGUAUGCCUCCCUCACUGCCUCCCUCUGAAGAGUCAGGUAUAGUGGAGGCAGAUGGCAGUGGUCUUGGGCCUGUGGUGGUGGAACAGAAGUCUGCCAUCAAGGAGGUUCCAGAAGUGGAACCAGAGACACAGAAUGCUAAGACUCAAAACACACCGGAACCAGAACUGGAACCAGCCACCCAAGAGAAGGAGGAGCCCAAGAACAGUUCGAAAGAAAAAGUGAACAUCUUUGAAAAUCUGUUCAAGAAGAAAGCUAAGGCUCAACCCACCCCCAACCCGGAUCCAGCCCUGGAAAAGGAGGAGCCCAUAAAGGACAAGAUUGUGGAGGAGAUUGAAAGUUCUGCAGAAGAUCAGAAAGUCCCUGUGGCUGUGACCGAUGGGAUCCAAGCUGAGCCACUUGCUGAGGUAAAGGAGGAUACAGAGACUUCAAAGGAGCGUCCCAACCCUAGUCCAGAGGCAGAGGAGGUCAAAAGCCCCAAAAUUGCAGAGGAAAGCAGUCACAUUCAGGAAAACCAAGAGGGAGAGAGUCAAACAGAAGAGAAUCCAGUUAUGAACUUCUUCAAAACACUAGUGACUCCCACAAAAAAAACCAAGCAAGAAACAGCCACCCCUGCUGUUGCAAAUGACCAGAAAGAGGCCCAACCAACAACAACAACUACUGCUGCACAACUAGUGGAUGCUCCAGCAACAGCCAAAGGAGGAAUGUCAAUCCCACCAGCCCCAGCCCCAGCCCCAGCCCCAACCCCAGCCCCAGCCCCAGCCCCAGCCCUAGCCCCAGUCCAAGCCCCAGCCCCAGCCCUAGGCUCAUGUAAGAUGGAGGUUAAAGCAGAACUAGCUGCCCAAUCUGUGACCAACACACCAAAUGAAGAACCAAAGGGUGCUGCCAAAGAACCAGCGGCCGCCAAGCCGAAAUCUGACCGCCCGUUCAGCAGACUUUUCAGCAGAAAGGCACUGAUAGGCCUCAAGUCUAAAAUCAAGGUUAAGUCAACAAGUGGAGCCAGAGCCCCUGCCAAGCCUGCUGCAGCGACAGUGGAACCAGUGGAGCCACAGCCGGUUGUGGAAGUACAGACAGUGGAACCAGUGGAGCCACAACCGGUUGUGGAAGUACAGAAUGUAGACUUCUCAAAGACGGCCACUCUGGAGGCCUCUGCCACACUAGAACCACCACCACCUGCACCGGAGGAAGAGAAGACACCUGUUGCCUCCAAAGCCUCUCCUUUCACUUCCUUUUCUCUUUUCAAGACAAAGGCAGCUGUGCCAAAAAAGGAAGUACCUGCCCCAGCUGCAGAAGCAGUAGCUGAACCAAGUGUAGCCAAAGACGAACCAAAGGUCCCAGAGGACCCUGCUAUGGACAGCAAGCCCGUGUCCGAGCCCUCCGAGAUUAUGGAGAAUUCCCCCGUCCUCCCUAAGAGACUUGAGAAGAGGAACUCCAUCCACUUGUUCUUCAAAAACCUGGGCAAACGCCAGUCAGAUGCAGGAGUACAAACAGAACCAGAGAAGACCAAAUAAAACGGAAACACCCUUUCAAACUUCACAUGCCAUAUCUGGAAAUGAACUUUUGAUUUGUUAGAUGCAUUAUGUUUCUGAUCACACUAUUGAAGGGAUGAUGGUAAGAGCAAGUGGUUUGAGGGAGAGAGGUGGACUGUGGACUGGUCUGUUCUAGUCUAAUCUGUGUGGACGAUUUCAGAGAAUUGUUCUUUGUGGAGGAGGUAAAUAUAUUUUCUGGUUUUAAAGGCUUGAUAGGUAGAGAAAAGUGGUUUUGUAACAUAUACUGAGAGCAAAAUCCAUUUUCUAUACAGUAUGUACCCUUCUUUUAACAUACAUGUCAAACUCAUUCCACGGAGGGCUGAGUGUCUGCGGGUUUUUGUUCCUCCCUUGAUUGAUUGAUUGAUUAAUUAAGGUCACUAAUUAGUAAAGAACUCCCCUCACCUGAUUGUCUAAGGUCUUAAAAACGAAACACCCGCAGACACUAAGCCCUUCAUGGAAUGAGUUUGACACCCCUGCUUUAACAUCGUAAUAUGUGUAAGGAUCUAAUGCAAAUAUUACAUUGAGCAUAUUUUUUUCCCUCUUCAUAUACACAUUUUACUAGUCUGAAAAUAACUUGUGGAGUGCAUACAAUGGUUUCAGAUACAUUCAUAGGACGUCUUGCAGAAGAGAUGCAUAAAGCUUAGCUUGGGAUAGAGAGCUAGUAAUGGAAUAUACUCCAAAUGUAAUGGAGGAGUUGGUGAAAUGGUGGAUAUUCCUGCCAAUAUGUUUUUAUUUAGGCUAGACACAUGCAAUUUACAAGGUAGGCUUUAAGCUUAGCAGGAACUGUACACGGAUACAAAUAUAUGCCAAAAACUAAAUUACAAUAUAUGGUUAUAAUCAUACACAGGGGGACCUCACAAUCAUGACUUUUUUGGGGAACUACACAGAUCAUAUGGUAGUCUAUAUAGCUAACUGCACAGUCAUGAAUCAUAUUUGAUUAACGUUUCACUGAAGUAUAAAGGUUUGUUCUAAUUUCAGUGCACUGCUUUACAUGUGUGUGGCUGUUUGAAUGCAGAUGUUAUAAUCUUGGGUAUCUUGUCUGUUAAUUUCUGCACCUAUAAUUUGAUAAACUGGAUCUGGAAGUAGAAUAUUUAUUGUGACAACAAUUUCCGAAUCAUGAAAACCUGCAAUGGGGUAUAUGGGGGGGGGGGAUUAACAUGGAUUUUUUUUUUAAAGAUCAUAUCAUGGAUCCUUUAGCUAUUUAAUUUUUCAUUUAGGUAAAAUAUUGAAUUUGGCUUUUUAAUGCUACAACCUAUAGAAAUGCAUUGAAUAACACACUCAUAAAUGGGAAAACAGAGUACAAAAAUAAAUAAUAAGGAAUAUGUUUUUGAAUUGUCUGUCCUACAUCUAGGAGAUGUAAUAAAGUUCAGGAUUUACACAUAUUUAACCCAUUUUUUGGGGUGUCACAAAACUACUUCUAUAUUUGUUUUUAUUAUGUUAAUUAGAUUGACGCAGGGGGUAUUUAAAGCUAAUUUUUUUCUGUAACUGUUAAGAGAAUAAAUGUAUACAAUUA